GCAAGACGUCAGCUCGCGCAAUCGAGCCUUCCUCCCUUCCCUUGUCUCAGGUCCGACGCUACUUGCUAUAUAAACGGGACGCAUUCCACACCAGCGUGGACGCAUACUUGCCGACGCUACGAGUGGACGCUGAGCCAUGUCCGGAUUCAAACACUUCGCCAUCCAGGGCGCGGGGAACAUCGGCGUGUUCCUCGCGGAGGAGCUGCUCAAACUGAAGAAGGAAGGGACCAUCGAACGGGUCGUCAUCCUCACCCGCGGUAGCAGCAGCGGGCGCGACACCCUCUCGCAGCUCGCCGCGCAGGGCGCCACGAUCGCCGCGGUCGACUACACCUCCGCCCCCUCGCUCACCUCCGCGCUCGUCGGGAUCGACGUGGUGAUCUCCACCGUCGGCGGCGCCGCGCUCGCGACGCAGGAGCCGCUCGCCGCCGCCGCGAAGGCGGCGAACGUCAAGCUGUUCGUGCCGUCCGAGUACGGCGUCGUCACGCAGGGACGGACGGAGGGGAUCCUCGCGUACAAGAAUACGCUGCACCGCAAGCUCGAGGAGCUGAAGCUGCCGUACGCGCUGUUCUAUACGGGCCCGUUCGCGGACUUUAUCUUCAAUCCGACGUUUGGGUGGGAUCGCCCGAAUGGGAAGAUUACGAUUGCGGGUGAGGGGAAGACGCCUGUGAGCUGGACGACAAGGAGGGAUAUCGCGCGGUUCAUCGCGUACGUGACGACGCGCCUCUCCCCGGACCAGCUGUACUGGAAGGAGUUCCCCAUCGAGGGCGACCGCAAGACCUUGAACGAGGUCGCGGAAGCCUACCUCGCCAAGACGGGCAAGAAAUACGAGGUGACGCACACCCCGCGCUCCGAGUUGGAGGCAGCUCUGAAGGAGAACCCGAACAACUUUGUCGCGUGGCUGAAGCUGGCGUGGGAGCAGGGCGAGGGACUCACGGCGAAGACGCCCGAGGAGACUGCGAACAAGCUCUAUCCCGACUGGAACCCGACACCAGUUGUAGAUGCGUUGAUCGCGACGGAUCCGUGAAGAGAAAGGGAAGAAGUGUAAGCAACAGAGGAAUCAGGAUGGCCUUGUACGAUAUUGAGAAGUGCAGAAAUGAAUCGAGUUUGAAACCCAGG